UAUUACCAAAUGAUUUAAUCAAUAAUAUAUUUGCAUAUCAUAUGGUACCAAAUAAUAGACAAAAUAUUAUUACUCAACCUUAUCGAAAAUCACAUUCAAUCAUAAUUAAUUCUCAACAUUUUGCUAUUUUUGCCAGUUGGAUCGAAAAGAAAAAUAGUUCUUACUAUAACGAAAAAAAUAUUCCAUAUAAAUUCAACUUACUUUAUCGUGCUAGUAGAGAUGGUAAUACGGAUGCAGAAUUCCAUAAAAAAUGUGAUAAUAAAGGUCCUACUAUAGUUAUUGCAAGAUUUACAGAUUCAGAACAAAUAGUUGGAGGUUAUAAUCCAUUGGAUUGGAAACCGGUGUAUUCAUAUAAUGGUUAUUAUAAAUCAACAAAAGAUAGUUUCAUAUUCUUAUUUACAAAUAAAAGUAACCUCCAGACUGCAAAAGCUAGUUAUCCUAUUGAUGAGAAUCAAAUAUAUUCUAUAUGGUGUAAUCCAUGUUGUGGGCCAACUUUUGGUAGUGGAAAUGAUUUAUUAUGUUCUAAUGGUAAUUGGUCAAGUAAUCAAUUUACUUAUCAUAAAAUUCAUUUUCCAUCAAAUUUUAAUAUAAAUGAUUACGAAGUAUUUCAAAUUAAAAAAUAAACAUGUAAUGUUUUAAGAUGUCAC